AUGGCCGGCUCUGCGCACUCGAGCUUCCUCAAGACAAUCUUGAUCCCACUCUUCCUAGCCGCCAUCCUCUACGCCCUACUAGCCCUAAUCCUCCUCCCUUUUAUCCGCCGCCACCGCAGUCGCUAUAGCCAGUACUUGCCCAUGUCUGCCGCUGUCGCCGCCGCCGAAUUCCCUACCUCAUGGCGCACCCAAGUCUCGGAUGCGCUGUACAACCUCUUCGUCCCGUCCACGUGGGGGAGACAGCGCGCCGUGGUGGAUGGCAGUGGCCAGCACGAAGACGACCUCUUUGACGACGAGGAGGGCGAGGGUAUGGUGGGAUUUGACCCCAUUGACGAGAGGCGGAGAGAGGCGCUGGAGCAGCGGAGAAGCAUGAUGGAGGAGGAGAGACGGUUAGGCCGGGAUCUUGAGGAGGGCUUCAAGGACGACAGUGAAGACGAGCAUGAGGAUGAGCGACGGAGGUCUCUGUCACGGCAUCGUUGA